AUGCAUAGUAACAACUGGGCGCAUGUACAAAAGUUCGACCCGCUCAUAUUCACUGACGGUGUCGCUCUUGACCACACUCUUCAACAAGAACGAACCACUGAAAAACUCAACAAAGCAUUCGAACCUUGCAUUGUGCAGCAUCUUGAUUCCAAAACACUCGCCCAAUGCGCACUCGUCAGUCGCCAUUUCAACACUGUAUGCAACAAACGACUGUGGCGAGUCCCUACGUUCCACGACGGGUACCUGUACAGCUCACUGCACCUAUUCAACCGAUUCAUCGAUCUCUUACCACACGUUCGACCCAUCGAGGUUGGCCAGCUCGUCACCCACCUCAACCUGUCCGAACUGGAAGAAUCGCUCUAUGAAAAUGUUCGACCUUACUUUUUCGAUUAUUUGAUACGCUAUACACCCAAUCUGCAGAUCCUCAACAUGUCCAAAACCAACUUUUUCUCCGUAAGUUCGUUAUCCUACUCAAAAAACAACAGCAAAGAGACAGCGUGGUGGUGUUUGCCGCAUCUUCGCGCACUCGACUUGUCGUUUUGUGACUAUAUAUCGGACGAUUUAUUGGUGGCGCUCGCGCCUGCAUUACCCAAACUACAACAUCUUCGAUUGGAUUCGCUUGGUACAGGUGCAGGUGUUGGUGGAGAACGCGGAUUGGCCGCAUUUGCAGACCAUUGUGACGAACUGGCAUCUGUCUCGGUACGAUACAAUGAAACCAUCAAUGAUGGUUCACUGAUGGCUUUGGCCAAGUUUGGCAAGAUUCGCGUGAAAGAAGUUGAUCUGACCGGAUGUGCGUAUGUGACCGAUACCGGCUUGGCGAGUAUGGCACGUUUUAACAUCAACAUGCAAUACCUCAGUCUAGCG